UCACUACGUCACGCAGGUAAUGCUGAAAGGUGUGGUGAAAGGUUCUGGUUUGAAUUGAAAGCUGUCGAGCUGGAAAAUCCGCUCGCAACACACCCGCCUGUAAAAACAUCGUGAAGGGCGACACAGAGGCUGUGGAGAGCUUUUGUUACCUGCGCAGUUUAUACACAAAAAGCUGCUAAAAAAAUGAGCAAAAUCGCGAAAUUAUUCAAGGGGAGCUCCAGCUCCAGCUCGAGUUCAUCGAGCUCCUCUAGGUCCAGACACCACCGGUCCAAAGGUGGACCUUCACCUCAAGAGGCCAUCCACAAACUCAGGGAAACAGAAGAAAUGCUGACGAAGAAACAAGACUACCUGGAGAAGAGGAUACAGCAGGAACUAAUGAUAGCCAAGAAGAAUGGCACAAAAAACAAGAGAGCUGCCCUGCAGGCCUUGAAGAGGAAGAAGCGCUUGGAGCAGCAACUGACGCAGAUCGAUGGCACGCUCUCCACCAUCGAGUUCCAGAGGGAAGCUCUGGAGAACUCACACACCAACACCGAGGUCCUGAAGAACAUGAGCUUUGCUGCCAAGGCCAUGAAGGAGGUCCACGAGAACAUGGACAUUGACAAGAUAGAUGAUCUGAUGCAGGACAUCACAGAGCAACAGGACGUGGCCAAAGAGAUCAGUGAAGCAAUCUCUGGACCUUUCGGCGAGACAUAUGACGAGGAUGAGCUGAUGGCCGAGCUGGAGGAGCUGGAACAGGAGGAGCUGGAGGACAACAUGAAGAGUAUGGGCGGAUUACCCAGCGUGCCCAGCUCCAGACUGCCGUCUGCACCGGCCAGUCACCGCGCAACAACCAAGAAAAGGGUUGAAGAUGAUGACGACAUGGCCAUGCUGGCAUCGUGGGCAACCUAAUUACAUUAAGGCAGCUUUAAUGUAUCUCUCUCUCUCUCUCUCUCUCUCUAAGCUUUUUAUAUUAUUUUUGAAGGUUCUUAGGGAAAAUAAGCUUAUUGGCUUGUAAUGCCACUUUACAGAUUAUAUUUAUCAAGAAAUUAACAUUUUUUAGUGAAGGAAUAAACAAAAUGUUUUUGUUUUGUUAGCCUGUACAUGCACUACUUUCAUAGGCCAAAUGAAGACAUAACGAAGAUAUGCCUGUGAUGUUUUUAACACAGAUCAGAAUGCUUAACUGUAUUGGCUGUAAAUAAAGUAAAAUUUUGCUUUAAUGUUGUAAAUAUAUUGCUUGCUUGCAUCACCGUUCAACAAUAAAACCGUCCCCUACAUAGAC